CGGCCAGGAGCGCGGUUUCCCGGGCGACCGCGGUCAGCCACCCACCAUGGAUCGCAGGGUGGUCAAGCCACCCGGACAGGACAUGGUCGUGGAGCGUCUCAAAAGCCGCUACGGCCUGGCGGGAAGCUGCCCCGUGGAGCAAUAUGACAUGAGUGGCGUGUGGGCCGCACUGAUGAAUCAACAGCGUGAGCUUUCAAAUUUUGAUCAGACUAAAUAUAAAAGAAGAAUUCCAACCUCCCCAGAGUCUUCUCUGUGCUUGGAAGUCCCACCUAUACCUCCUGCCUGCCCCGGCCAGCAGGGCUUCAACGGGUACUCGACCACCCUAAGGACGGAAUGUAGGGACAGGAGACACAAAGGAAAUACACCAAGUCAAGAUUCUGAUCAAGACAAUUUGGACACCUACUGCUCUGGAGAUAAAGUUGUUUCUACAUCAAGAUGUUACUCUGAUGAAAGGAAGCAUCCCACAACACCUUUUUGCAGUUCCUUCAAACACUUAAAUGUGAACUGCCUAGAUGAUGAACUGGAUUCUUUUCAUAAUUUAAAGAAAUGGGAAACAGAAAAAGAAUUAAUUGAAGACAAUCAUAGAGAUGGCACCUCCAAAAUAACAAAGCCGUCAUUCAGAGAAAUAGAAAAAGAUGCCCUGCCGACCAACACAACCUCAUCAAGACUUCAGACUGAACGUUGCAGUGAUUUUGUUGACUCUCCUCUGAAACAUGGCGUUUCUCCAAAACCCAAAGUGUCAAAGAAGCAGAGUUUACUUCCACAUCAAAUAAGUCAAAUAUAUGAUGAAUUAUUUCAUAUCCAUCUGAAACUGAAGUAUGAAACUGCAUCCCAGCAGAAAUUUGCUGAAGAACUUCAGAAGCGGGAACAGUUUUUAUCAGAACGAGAACAGCUGCUCUUCAGACAUGAAACUGCCUUGAGCAAAAUUAAAGGUGUUGAAGAAGAGGUUCAGACAAGAUUUCAAAUUUUAAAGGAGCAACACAGCACGGAAGUUGAACACUUAACAGAAGCGCUUAAGGAAAAGAGUAAAGAGAGCAAGAGAAUGAGGUCCUCAUUUGAUGCUCUGAGAGAGCUGAAUGAUAGCUUAAAAAAACAGCUAAAUGAAGUAAGUGAAGAAAACAGGAAGAUGGAGAUUCAGGCCAAAAGAGUUCAAGCUCGUUUAGAUAACCUACAGAGGAAGUAUGAGUUCUUGACAGUACAGAAGCUGAAAGGAGAUUCCCAUGUUGCUCCUGAAAUGAAAAAUUUAAAACAAGAAAAAGUACCGGUUUCAAAACCUUUCAAGACAGCACUCAAUGGACAAUUAUAUGAACUGUUAAUUGUUUUCAUGGACUGGAUCUCAGACCACCAUCUUAACAAAGUGGAGCCUGAAGAACCUAGUGUGAAUGGUGAAAAACCAUCACUCAAACCUUCCCAGAGAAGUGACAUUCAAGAGAAGUGUGUCAAGCUUCUGCCUCUGAUGACAGAGCAGCUCCAGUGGAUGCCAUUUGUGAAUGCAAAACUGCACGAGCCAUUUAUAAAGUUUAUUUAUUGGUCUAUAAGGCAGCUGGAUGCUGGAACACAGCAUUCAACUAUGACCUCAACACUGAGGAGAUUGGGUGAAGACAUAUUUAAAGGAGUGGCAAUUAAAGGAAUUCAGGAUAAUUCUUCAGAGCAUUCUGUAGAGAACAAACCAAAGACAGCAGUAUUCUUCAAGAGCUCCAGUUUGCCGCUGAGAUUUUUAUCAACCUUAAUUGUCCUUAAAACAGUCACUCAAGCUGACUACCUAGCUCAAGCAUUUGAUUCCCUUUGUUUGGACUUGAAGACAGAUGAAGGAAAAGCCUUAUUUUUGGAGUACCAAGCUGUUCCAGUAAUACUAAGACACCUGAGGAUUUCCAGCAAAGGACUCUUAUCCAAUGUCAUUGAUAGUCUGCUUCAGAUGACAGUAGAGUCACCCUCCUUGCAGCCUUUCCUGGAAGCCUGUAGCAACUCUUUGUUUUUCCGGACUUGUUCUGUGCUGCUCCGAACCCCUAAACUUGAUCUUCAUAUCCUAGAAAAGCUCAGUAUUAUCCUACAGAAGCUCUCCAAAAUCAAGAGUAAUAAGAAGCUCUUUGAAGUUUUUACCAUUCACCUGAUGCUUCAGGAAAUACAAAGGACAACACAUCCAGAGCACGCCUUUCUCUGCAUUAACCUAAAUUCAACUCUGUUCAAUCUGGGUUUGACAAAAUGUAACUCCCUGGUCUCCAGUACAAGCCAUUAGAAAAGUGUGUGUGUGUGUGUGUGUGUGUGUGUGUGUGUGUGUGUGUGUGGUCUGUGUAUGUAUAUAUCUGUUCCUUAUCUGUAAAAGUGUAAAAAUCACCAAAGUAAGAUUCUACAGAGUAAAGUUAUCAGCAGCAUCAUUUAUCAUGAAAGAUAGCCAGAAAAAAUUUCAGCUAUGUAAAUGAGAGCAUAGAAGGUAUGGAUGUUUUAGAAUGUUUCAGUUUAAGGUAAUAGUAAUGUACAAGGUGGCAUUUCCAGAACUUAAGGCAUUGGGGUUACUUUUUAUAAAAAUAUUUUAGGAGAAAUCUUUCUUGAAAUUAUGUGAUUAUUUGGAAUAUAAUUUUUUCUUAUGUGGAAAUAAACUAUGCUAUUAUUUUUGCCCCUUAA